CUCCUCAUUCCCCAGGCAUCUACCACACAUAGCACAUUAACCACGACGACAUCAUCCAAGAUGCGUUAAGCAGCCCCCGCCCCGCGCUUCCCCUCAGUCUCCGGCAACACCGCCAACAUUCAGUCUCCAACCAUAAACACCAUAAACUCCACUCAACCCCCCUCCCCAGCUCUUCCUUCCCAGGUUGAACUGAACUUGCAAUCUGCACUCUCGAGCGCUCGCAACCGUUCUCCCCACUCCGCAACCAUUCCCCUCCAAGACUUUCCAGUCUUCACCACGGAUUCCCAACAGUCACCAUGGCUUCCCUCCAGUUCCUCGAGCCUGCCGGCACAACCCGCGCACAACAGCAACAACAACAGCGACUCGGACUUCCCUCAGCAGGACUUUGUCUUGUUCGACCAGCCCCAGCGGACCAGCGCUAAUCGAUCCUUCUCCUCGCCUGCCCACGCAGCAGUCUUUGGAUCUAUGAACAACACCAACAACAUCAACCGACGUCAUUCCUCAAACGCCCAGUCUCCCACUGAAGCCUCGUCUCCUGCCCUCCAGAACCAGCGAGUCGCUCAGAUCAUCCAGGCCACUGGUCACCAGACGUCCUCUCCGGCAUUCACCAAUCGGUAUCACUCUCCGGCCCUGAACCACCAGCAGCAGAACAAGCCCCAGAGACCCCCUGUUCCCUUGUUCAAUCAGAGCGCCCCUGCCAAAACCAUGGAUCUCAACGACGCUCUCACGCUUGAAGACAUGGCGGCCUUCACCGGUGGCGUCCCCACCGCGGCCUACCCGUCUCCUGCUGCUUCGGGCUACGACGUGGCUGGCAGCUCGACCUCGAGCUCGACCAACUUGGGCACAGUCUCCCCUCAGGAUCUGUUUGUCCGCGAGCUUCCGUCUGCUCCCGGCUCUACGGCCUUUACCAACUUGACUUCGCCUUCUCUCUACAACGGGUCCCCUGAUUUCGACGGCUUCGAUGUGUCUCCCAACUUUGGCCACACCGACUUCGACCUGAGCGCCGGCUCGACCGACGCUUGGUUCCCUCUGUUCCCUCAGGACAGCGCAAUGACCGAGGCUGCCCUGGCAGCCAUCGAUCAGUCCCCCAUUGUUCAGAACCUUGAUGUCGAGUCUGCCUCCCAGCCGCGCCGCAAGUCGGGCACCUCGCCCACUUCGGCCGGCCAUGGUCGGCACUCGUCCGUGUCCGGCGUCAACUCCCGGCGUCGUGACAAGCCUCUUCCUCCAAUUGUUGUUGACGAUCCCUCGGACAACAUUGCAAUGAAGCGAGCCCGCAACACCCUUGCCGCUCGCAAGUCUCGCGAGCGUAAAGCUCAAAAGCUGGAGGAUCUUGAGGACAAGAUUGCGAAGCUCGAAGAAGAGCGUGACCACUGGAAGAGGAUAGCUCUCUCGCGAGGAGCUUGAUUGUUUCAAUGUUGUUUCCUUCUCUCAGUGUCGCUUGCUUGCCAGAACUGGAGGGGGCUAGCCUCUCGCGCUUGCGAGCCUCAGCCUCCUCAACCUUUCCUUUGAAACGAACAAACAGGAGACAGUGGUACCAGUCCAUUGCUAUCGGCGCUCUAGACUAUGACGCUACUCGUCGAGGAUCUAUUCUGUCACAUUCGUCCCAUGUUCUUAGUACGAUCAGCGCCCCAAGUACUUGUCUGGCUUGGGAGUUGCAUAUGAUUUUUCUUGUCUCUUUGGAUCGGAAAUGGGCUCCCUGGCGGCACAAAACUUGUGCGCGCAGUAUGGUUGAGAUUAAAAGUUUUAGGCUGUGGUUUUCCUUGUGCGAAUAUCAAUUCUUCAACUUCCA